GUGUUUACGGGUGGCAGAGUAAAGGAUUUGUUUAUAAGUGACAACAAGCAAAGUUUUUGUUGCCUAAAAAACAAGAAAAAAUGUUGCAAAAUGUAUGCCGUGUAUGCUCGCGACGCACCGAUGAUAAAACAGCCCAGAGCCUUUUCGUAACGAAGGCCCACAAACUGAUCUCACAAAUUAAUUUACUAACCGGAAUCGUGCUUGAGCCUGCGGACGAUCUGCCCGAUUUAAUAUGCCCAAUGUGUCAGAAAAAUUUGAAAAGAUUUAUUGGCUUCCGAAAACUCUGCCUAAGAAGCCAAAAGAAAUUCGAAAACCAUCGGGAAGUGAAAUGCGUAGUGAAGCCACAAAAUCGCGCAGCAGAUACUCAUAUCGUUUGUGUGAGACGCAGUGGCCGAAAACAGAAUCAACUUGAACAGCAUGAGACAGGUGACACCUAUAUGAAGGAAGAGCCGAUUGAAGUGUUAAUUAAAGUUGAACACACGCAGGACAUAAAUAACGAUAAAGUUGAAGAAGUGGAUACGCUAGAUGACGAUAUAGAUCGACUAGACACGACUAGCAAUAAUAGCAAACAUGCAGAGAAAGAUAAGGAAUUUAUUUCACUAUCAGAUGAGGAUGAAGAGAAAUGGCUUACGGACGAAGAAGAAGAUGAAUUAUAUUUACCGCCAGCUCAUACAUUACCCAAACGGCGACGCCAUCGGCAUCAAGACAAAACCUCAAGCGAGAAGCCACCCAAGAAUCUGCCCGUCUUCUUUUGUGAUCAAUGUGGACACAAUGUCACGGGAAAGACAAAUUUCGAUCGACAUAUAAGAAAGCAUAGUGGCAUUCGGCCUUUUCAGUGCCAGCUAUGCCCUUCCCGAUUUCUAUCUGCCGGCGAGCUAAAAGGACAUCAGGUCAGUCAUACUGGGGAUAGGAACUUUCCCUGUCGCUUUUGUGAUCGGUCCUAUGUUAAUCAUAGUGGCCGAUUGCGUCAUGAGCGCACUCACACGAACGAAAGACCGUUUGUCUGUUCGCAGUGUGGAAAAUCAUUUACCAAUUCGUAUAUAUUAAAAAACCACAUCCUAAUUCAUACUGGAGAACGCCUCUUUAGAUGUGAACUUUGCCAGCGUUCUUUUGCACGGCCCACACAUUUGACAACGCAUUAUCGAUCGAAUACUCACAAGCAGAAUGUGGAGAAAUCAAAGAUGAAAGAUGCCAAUGGACCAAAGGAUCAAAAUAAUUUUAGCUAUACAGUAGAAAGGGCUUCGCCUGAGGAGAAUGAUCAGGCGAAUUGAUUGACAUUUAGUGCAAAGUAAUAUUGUCAUUGAGUAGAAUCUGGAAUUUAAGUCUUUGAAUAUUUGAUAUCAAAAUAUACAUGAGUAUUUUGCCAUUUCGUA